AUGGGGCUUCAAAUUGGCGUAAGUGAUGCUGAUGAAACUCGCGAAUAUGUAGACUGGAUACUUAAACUUGGUGAUCGUAAAAUCGGGGAACCUAAUGAUGGUGAAGUUGUAAUCGACAUCCUAGAUGAUAUUUUGAUUAAGGAUGUAGAAGAUCCUAUUGCAUCAACCGUUCGUAGCACAUAUCCUAAUCUAAUAGAUGUAUUAAGUGAUAGUAUCAUUUUCCAUGAUAGAGCUAUCUUAGCUCGCAAAAAUGAUAUUGUUGCUACAGUUAAUGAUUAUGUAUUGCCGUUAAUACCUAGUGAGGAGAAGGUUUACUUGAGCUCGGAUUCAAUCAAUAAAACUAAUAGUUUUGUGAACCAACAUACUGAUGUAUUCUUAGUGCUAUGCCACCCACUACCUAGAGUGGUCACAAGUCUACGCUCCCCGGGUUAUUUCUUGAAAGAUGUGAGAAAUAUGCAAUGA